UCUAAAUGGCCACCGUCUCAAGCAGAAUACUCACCAGAGAAAGAGGAAUGGAGGAAAGCCGAGGAAGAGAAAAUGGAAGUGAUUUUAGAGGAGGUUUUAGAGGAGAAGUGUAUAAUAGACGCAACUCGAUUUUCCAAGUAUCAAAAAUUGUUAGGGGCCACUGUGUAUGCCUUUAGGUUUUUACAAAAAAUACUCUCAAACUUUGAUUUGAAAGGGCCUAAAAAAUAUUUUUGCGACUUGAAGAAUUUUUUAAUUUCGAAAGCUAUUCCAGG